ACAAUAACAUGUUGCUAUGGACACGACCACAGCUAAGCAAUCUUUUCGCAUGGAGGUGUGAACUCGUAGAACACACAUGUUCUAAACCUUUGAUGCUGGCUCAUUCAAACAUAAUUGCAAACAUUUAUCGAAGCGACUUAAAGCUCUCCGAAUAGUUUACCAAGCCAUAACCAGGUCGAUGAAGGUGGAUUUUGAAGGAAGUGUGAGCCAAAAAGAACAAGUUUUGUGGAGAACUUCGUUAUUUCUUGUCAUCGGAACUUGGUAUAGACUUGCGCCUUGAGUAGCGGCGUAGCGUUUCCCGGAAUACUCGCCUGUAUGCAAGCUCCAGCUGUAUUGAAUUGAAACGUCAGCCGUAGAUGUCUAGUCGUUGACCUCUUGUCUCAACCCUUGAUAUAUCAAUCAUUAUCAAUUGACUUGUAAUAUUUAGUGUUGUGCUCCAUCUACUUCAAGAUCUGGUGAACUAUUGGACUCAAUUAUGGCUUUGGCUGUCAAAACAAAACCAGGCGUCAUCACUCACGAUCGCAGUCCUCGAUUCGAAGGUGUUCCAAAGCGUUAUGAAGACACAAAACCAGUCCAAGUCCAGAUUCAUGCACAUCAAAAGAUCAUUGAUAUUGGACAAGAAAUCCAUGCCAAGUGGGAGAACCUUUCACACAAUGAGAAAUCCCAAGCCAUCGUCGAUGCCGAGAAGGAGGUUUGGAAACAGGCUGAGCACUUCAAGAAGGUUGCGCUAGAAAAGUGUGAAGCUGACUGCCUAGCUGUAAAGGAACGUGAACUCCAAGAACUCAAGAAUACCCAUGAACGAAUGCUUAAGGAGGAAGCCCUGCGUGUGGAAGGAGAGAUGACCAAGAUCCAACACCAGGAAGUCAAGAGAGAGAAGGAGGCUGGGGAGAAGAUUCUUAGAGAGACGGUAGAGAAGGUGAAGGCAUUGAAAGAUAAAGAAAGAGAAGAGGCUGUAGCAAAGGCUAGGCAAGAGGAGGUGACCAAGGCUAGGCUGGCAGCGGAGAAAGUCUCUGGAGAGACAGCAGAGAGGGAAGCUGCAACUGUGAAGAGGUUAGCAGAAGAGAAGGCACAAGCCCUCAAGGUCCUCAAAGAAGACAAGACACAAGAGCGCAUCAAGGCAGUGCUCAACGCCCAGCAGGAAGAGCGCCGCAUCGCUGCUGCUGAACUUGCCAAGGUCCGAGAGGCCCACGCCAAGGAGAUCCAGGAAUUGCGGGAGGAGAUCAAGAGAUGGCAGGUGAAAGUGGAUGAGACAAGGGCAGAGGUAGUGAGUGAGGAGGAAGAGAAGGAGAGAUGGAUCCAGAAGCAUGCGGAGCUGAAGGAAUCCUAUCAGGUGUUCAUCAACAAGACCAAGGGAUUCAGGCCAGGACAGGCCGAGUUCUUACUGUAAUAAACACUUCAGGUCAGAUCAGGACAGUUGCCUUUAUGAGAGAGAACACCGAAAGCCGGUGGCAGAAAGAUGGCCACAGUUGCCAAGAGUUAGCCUAGAUGUUUCAGUCCUAGGCACUCAGACGACAAAGGGUCCUGUGAGCUCUUCUUCACUACUUGCUCAAGGAAAACCUUCAGUUAAUAUGAAGUAGUACUUGAACAACAAUGAUCAGUGGAUUAGAAGCGAUAUGUGCAAAACCCUCCAAAAUUGUCUUAAAAAGACUGCUCCGAAAAAUCCCUUAGUAUCCCACAAUGUCAAGAAUCUGCGUCUACGUCUACUUGGAGUCGGGACCGAACUAUUGGCAAAAUCCUUGCUAAAAUGGUAUUUCUGUUACCAAUGUUUUAUAUGAAUGUGUUGUACUGUGAUGUCUAUUCAAAAUCAGUUACUAAUACAUUGGCCUGUAUUCUUAACUACUAUAAACUCUGGUCUAAAGUUGUAGUUUAACUAUGGAUAGCCAAUUGUGACAUAAAUCUCUAAGAGUUCGAUUUGUCAGCUCAUCCGUCACAAAUCAAUCAAGACUCUGGGAAUAAUAGCUGAAUUUAUUUGCUUUGCCAUUUCAACAUGGUGAAAGAGCAUAAUGAGAUAUACAAUGCUAAUUUUUUUUUUUACUUUCGGUUUCUCACAAGUUUAGCACCGAGUUAGACUUUUGCCUUUAUAGGUAAUCCUGACUUAAGAAUACGGGCCAAUGACUGUGAGGUCUGUAUGGUUUAUUAGGUCUGAAACUCAAAAGGGUAACUUUGAUUUUGAUUAUGACAUUACUGAAGAAUUUCUGGAAAGAUGGAACAUUGUGAUGCAUUAGACACACUAGAAUUAAUUGCAGCUUCCUGGAACUGAUCUUCAUUAGGUAUCCAUUAGUCAUGUCAAGCACAAGACCACAGCUCAAAGCUAUUUAGAACAAAAAUUAACAAGACCAAAGAUCAAAACUCUUUAGAACAAAAAUUAACAAGACCGCAAAUCAAAUCUCUUCAGAACAAAAAUUAAAAUGACCACAGAUCUAAGCACUUUAAAACAAAAUUUGCAAGAUCACAGAU